UUUGUUCGGCAUGCCGAGUGCAGCCUGACCGAGGCCAACUCUUUCUGCCCCUGGUGGCUAUGCGGAAUUGGAACCCCUUUCCUUGAACACCCCUGCACGUUCGAGCGCUGACGAACUCUGAAGUGUAGGAUUUCGACGAACAUGGAGUCCCUCAUCUCCGUUCCCACCAUCCUUGAUCGAUCCCCAGAGCUUCAAAGGCAUAACGCGUCUGCUUUGGUUUCGACACUUCCCAAUGAGCUUCUCGCUGCGAUUUUUUUGCAGGGAUGGGGGGGAGCACAGAAUGGUCAGUAUGACCCAUCAUUCGGGGUGGAGGUUGCCCAAGUUUGCACUUUAUGGCGCGAGGUUGCUUUGGGCGAGCCCCUGCUAUGGACGCAUAUUCAGUUUAUCAAUACAUGCCAUGCAUUUGAGGACCGACAAAGAACAUCAUUGGGCCAAAUCGAAAUAUUCCUAGAGAGAUCCAAAGGCGCUCAACUCAGUAUUCAAGUUGAGUUGUAUUUACAGGACUCUGCGCUUACUGAAAUGUUCGCGAGCUUGAUCCGCCCUCAUCUUCACCGCUGUGUCCGACUGGAUAUAACGGAUGAUACAUUCACAGUGCCUCACCAUCUCUUCCCGCUGGACCCGUCCCUUUCCUGUCUCCGUGAACUGAACGUCUCGGUCACGAACCCUCGUGAAAGUGUUUGGGUCCCCGAAUCAAAUAUUCUCUCCGUGAGCACAUCCUUCAAAUCACUCCUGUAUUUCUCCAUUCGAUGUGUCCGGGCACGAGUAUCAUUGCGAAACGUGGAGGCGCUUCACCUCCGAGUUUUCGUGUCACAUGUUCAGGCGAAUCCUUCGACCUAUAGGGACCACGCUCUCUUCAGCGCGUCAUGCGAGCAGUUGCAGCGCCUCGGUCUCGGUUUCAUCGGAGGAGGGAUUGGACUCUUGCCCACAUUAGUUGAAACACCCUACCCUCAGAUCCUCGAACUUUCAGGAGAUCUAAUGCCUCAAACGUAUUUCGCAUUAUCCCCCGGCGUGAAACACCUUAUGACCUCGUCGGAACUUCCCCCCUUUACGGAGGAUGCUUGGACAUCUCUGGCACCGGAACAUCGAUACCCUUUCCCUAAUCUCAGGACGGUGCGCAUCAAGUUUGCCGGCUACGAGCGUCCUGAGAUUUGGCGUCGCAAGAUGGCAGAUUUUUUGACGAAUCAACAUUUCCUUACUGCAGUCGAGCUGACUUCAACAAGCGGUGAUGCCAGCAAUAUCACAUCUCCUACAUCGACACCGUUCGUCCGAUGUCCCGAUUUAGUCUUACUCCACCUUAACGGUAUUCUUGUCGAUGGACAGUCACUCUCCGGCUCUGCAGAAGAGCUGCAGGGGUUGCUGGAGUGCAUCCUCACUGAUCGCAAGAAAGUACGCAUCGUUUGGAGCAUCGGGCGUAGCUUCAUGCCUGGGUACAUGAUGCGAUUGAGGGAGCGGUUAUUCCAGUACGGCCGGUUUAAAGUAGGGUUAAAUGACGACCCCAACCCCAUGGCAGAUUUCGUAACUCUCUCAGAUGAAUUGGUUGAAUAAGGAAACUGUCACUCUGACUUCUUGAUUGUUGUAAUCACAUAUGUUAUCAUGCCGGAUUAAACUCACUGCUCUAGCGGUCCAGAAUCGAUUGCCUUUUCCUUGUACUAGAAUCUUUUCCGGACCAUGCACU